AUGAUGACUGCUCUCAGUUUUUCACUUAUUUUUUAUUUCCUGCCCUCCUUAUGUGGGGUGCCAAAAGAAGUCGAGAGAGCAGGAUUGGAUCUGGGCGUGCUCACUGAGACUAAAUUGAAAGGUAAGGGACAAGAAUUGUCAGGUGAAUAUGUGCCCAUCUGGAGUGGUUUGGGAAGAGAUGUGCUAGCCAAGGCAGGUGUUUCCAUUCUGAUAAAAAAACACCUCAAAAAUAAGAUCACAUAUUAUGCGGAAAUAUCGGAGAGGAAUCAAAUCUGGCAGAACGGUUGCAUUCAUAGGUGUCUACAGUCUUGGUAA